AGUUGCGGUCUGGCUGUGUUGCGGUGUGUCGCGUAUUUCAAACUUGCGCUAAAAAAGCUGUAAACUGAAAUCUUGCCUGAUCAUAUGUAAUAAUAUAAUAAAUAAUUUUUGGCAUACAUCUCGAAAAUUCUAAACAAAUAUGCCACAGACGCAGAUAAAUACAAUUACAUCCAUUGUAGAACAAAAAUUACUCAAUAUCAUAGCUGGAAAUGAUUUGGGUGAUAUUACCCAAGAACUAUGUGACUUUUCACUGCAGGAGCAGAACGCAACAGCUGAGGCACAGGGCUUACAACCAACUGCUUCAUCAGAUUUUGUGCCAGUACUCGGUAAGACAGUAACUUAUAUUGUUGCCUGUGUACUAAUAAAUGAAAACGAUGAAGUAUUAAUGAUGCAAGAAGCGAAAGAAUCAUGUGCAGGCAAAUGGUAUUUACCCGCAGGAAGAAUGGAAAAAGGUGAAUCUAUUUGUGAAGCAGCUUGUCGAGAAGUCUACGAAGAAACUGGCCUUAACGCCGAUAUGACAACAUUAUUGGCUAUCGAAGCUGCUGGCGGUUCUUGGAUGCGAUUUGUUUUAACUGGGCAUGUAACUGGUGGUAUACUUAAAACGCCAGCACAAGCUGAUAAUGAAUCUCUACAAGCAAGAUGGGUAUCAAAUAUUAUUGAUUUACCUUUGCGUGCUGAUGAUAUUUUAAAUAUAAUCGAAGUUGGUAGGGCGUAUAAAAAUCGUCUAAACUCGGCACCGCAAUUGUGGCAUAGCGAUAUUUUGCCCACAAAAUACUCACAUCAUAAAAAUUACAUGCGCGUUAUUGCUGUCAUACGUAAACGCGCUACAAACUCGCUAAAUGUCUUGAUAAGUGAGAAGAAUGAAUACCAUUUUCCAACUGUGGAAUUACAUCCUCAACGCAGCUUGCACUCCACUUUGCGCAAAUUCAUGAUUGAACUUUUUGGCGCAGAAUUACCACAACAUCGUCCACACGGUAUACUCAGCGUUGAGCAUUCUCCAUCUGCCAUACCAUACACUACAGAUGGCAUAUGCCUUAAUGUUUUGGUAGUCUUCCGACCUCCAUUAGAGGAAGUCUCAUUGAUUGGCAAAUGUAUUUGGCAUGAAUUAAGUAAACCGUUGGAAGAUAAAUUGGGUCGUAUGUUAUCAAGUAAAAACUCAACAAUACCCUUAAAUGUUAUACGUUAAAACAUUUAUUUUUAAAUGCAUAUAUAUUUAACAUAUAUAUAAAUCGAAUAGUUAUAUUUUUUUUUAAUCUCUGACUCUAAUGAUAUGUAAUAGAUUGUGUACUGUAAAUAAAUUCCAAGUUGACCUGAAACCAGUUAA